AUGUUGGAAGAAUACCAGUGCCGUUGUUUGCUCGAUCAACUUGACCCAACAGACCAAGAGUUGCAAGAUUUAAUCGACGAAAAAGAGGCACGCAGGACAUUGGCUUUGCUUGAGAAGAAACAGGAAAACGCAAAGUCCCAAGCGAGGAAACCGAGAGCACCUACAAGGAGACCCCUGACCAUGAAAUCUCUCGGGAAGAACGUUCAAUUGGUCGUAGCACAGCCUUUUGAGAAUGCUUCUCGACAAAAGGGAGAAAAGUUCGCGGGAUCCCGUAACUUUGCUAAGAAGAAUUCCCGCGACCCUCGAGUGGAUAACCGAGGGAAUAACUGGACACCAAGGAACAAUACGCAGCAAUCUUCUCAGCAGCCCCUCGACAGUGGUCCUCAACCACCCCAACAAGUCCCUCCACCCGAUCCUACUAAGCAAAUUACUCACAAUAUGGGGGCAAUCUAUGGUGCAUCACUCGAGGCAUUUGUCCACACAGCGACGCUGGUUAUUGAAGACAUUAUAGGAAAUGUUCACAUGAGCCAAGUAUACGUCGAUAACGGCAGCGCAGUCAACAUCAUCUAUAGCAACUGUUUCAAGAAGAUGAACAUACAAAAUCCUGAUUGGCAUCCAACAACAUUACAACUAAUGGGCUUCUCUGGGCACACGAUUAUCCCCAGCGGAAUCGUAAGGCGUCCAAUCACAGAAGGGUCGCAUCCUCGAAUGGUAACCUUAACCAUGGAUUUUGCCAUAAUUGGUGCACCCUCGCCAUUUAACGUGAUUUUAGGACGGCCAUGGAUGUGCCAAGCUCGCACUAUUUGGUCUCCUUACCACUUGGUAAUGAAAUUUUCAACGGAGUAUGGGAUAGGGAUGUUACAAGGGUGCCAACACAGUUCUCGAGAAUGCCUCUUCACGGCAGUGAAAAUAGGGAAAAAGACAGUGAAUUCUGGAGUUACCACUGCCACAUCGGGAUGUUACUCAGUUCAGCAGGGGAUGCCAUCAGUCGAGGACGUAAGGAAGGAACAAGCCAUGGAUCUCAACCACCCUCAUCAACCGCCACUCAGUAGUAAAACGGAGGAGUUGAUCUUGGACAAAAAGGAACCUGGAAAAACAAUCCAACUUGGAAUAUCCAUAGAGCUAUGGACCUUGGCAUCCGUGCUUCUUGAUGAUCUCACCGAGAACAGGACUAUGGACCUUGGCAUCCGUGCUUCUUGCAAUGGAUUGAUUUGUGUGACUUACCAGUAUAGAACUGAUAAUGGUGAACCUAAAAUUGGGAUUGUGUUAUGGAAUCCAAGUCAACCAUACAUUCGAGGAAGGGAACAAGGAGGGCAGCACUAUGAUGAAGCUGAUUCGUAUGCAUUAGAGGCUCUUGACCUCCGAAACCACAAGUUUCAUCUUGUGCCUUCCCCUCCUUGUGUGGAACCCGAUUAUGCUUCAUCAUGGAUGAAAAAGGCCAGGGCGUUUGGGGUUUUGGAUGGCUGUCUUAGCUUCAUAUGCAUAUCCAGACAGGGGAAUAGUAAUGAUCUGUGGACAAUGAAGGAGUCCAUUGAGGAAGAGAAUCAGAGGAAAAACAAGGAGCCCGUGACAAUGUUUGUUGGUGAAUGUGAUAUGAGCCGGAUUGACGGUGGAUAUAUCUAUUGUGACAGCCUUGUUAGACCUUGGCCACUAAACAAGGAGAAGAUUAGCCCAAUGAGAAGAUUCAGAUGGAUGUUAAGCAAUCUUCCAGAGGAUCUGUUAGCAGAAUUGCUGGUGAGGUUCCCUGCAAAAACACUGUUGCAGCUUAGGCUGGUUUCGAAACCAUGGAAAUCUCUGAUUGAUAGCAAUAGUUUCGAAUUACAGCACUUGACCCAAGGCCAAUCUUCUCCGCCGCUCCCAUACAGGCCCCUUAAGUUAAUGUUCAAGGGUGUUAUUGGUGGAAGCUACACGGAACUAGGUCAUCGUAUUUAUAGUGCUGGGGAAUUCGACUCACCGGAAAACACGAUAAAUUCUAAAGUGGAUAUCAGUUUCCCUUUUAUUAUGAACCCCGCUGAUCUGAGCAGAACUAAUCUGGUCCUUGGAAUCAGUGCUUCUUGCAACGAGUUGAUUUGUAUGAGUAAUUAUAAGAGUUACCGCGACUCUAUGUUUCGAGUUGUGUUAUGGAAUCCAAGUACUAAUGAUUACUGGAUGUUGCCUGAUUCCCCUGUUUCACUCCAUCGCUACCAUAAUUCCAAGAAGCAUGACCACAUUGAAAUAAUUUAUGGUUUUGGGUACGAUGAAGCUUGUGACGAUUACAAGGUGGUGAGAGUGGUUCAAAUUACCCACAUUCAGAUUCCUUAUGAUAAUCAUCACAGAACAAGAAGUCUCGUUGAGCAAGAGAUCAAAUUUUAUAGCCUGAAAUCAGAUUCUUGGAGGAGUCUUAUGAUGAGGAGUGGUCAGAUCAACCAUGCUCUACAUUGGGUCAUUCGAGGAAGGGAGCGAGGAGGGAAGCACUAUGAUGAUGCCGACUCCUAUUCAAUCGCGGCGCUCGACCUCAGAAACGACAAGUUUCUUCUUGUUCCUUCGCCUCCUUGUGGUGUUCGUUCUGAUUAUUAUGAUGUUUUACGCCUAAAGAAUUAUCCCAGGCAGGCAUUUGGGGUUUUGGAUGGCUGUCUUAGCAUCAUAUACCAGUCUAGACGAGGGACUGGUCGUAAUUAUUUGUGGACAAUGAAGGAGUAUGGUGCAAAAGAUUCUUGGACAAUGUAUAAUGUUGGAUGUGAAUAUUCAAUUCCACGGCACAUGUUUGGUUAUGCAUAUAAAUAUGGCGGGAGUGGGGGGAAUGCGGAUAGGAAACUGCUUUUAGCGGAUUUUAAAGGACUUGUAUGGUGCGAUGUCGAUGACGCCAUCGAUAAGCAAUCUGUUGAGGAAGAAGAUCAUCAGAGGAAAAGCAACGAGCCCAUCACUCUCAAUCCAGUCGAUGAAUAUUAUCGUAUGAGCAAGAUCGACGGCGGAUGCAUCUAUAGUGACAGCCUUGUUAGACCUUGGCCUCCUUGUGCUCACAUUGAAAGGAAGACCUUGGCCUCCUUGUGCUCAAAUAAUUGA